AUGGCUGUUCCGCAGGACGCAGAAGAAUCUGUAUGCCCCGAACGUUUUCGAAGUCAGCUGAGAGAGUCGUCGUUCACGAUUCCGGAUAUAUCAACAAAAAUCUUCAAGGAAGAAUGCACAUUUUGCUUUCGUACUCCUUUUCAUCAAGGUGGUCUAUUUAUAUGCUUGAGGACCUAUGCUUGUUUUUGUUUUACUCAUGUUGGGAUCUAUGCUGAACAAUCUCGAAACACCUUGUUCCUUCAUAUUUGUAGUAAAAAGGUUAACCCUGAGUCUGAAGAGGAGUCGGACGGCGAACCAAAGGAUAAAAUAACUCGUCUGGCAAUUGGUGUAGAGAGCGGCUUUGAUGCUAAUAAGACGCAGGUCGUUGAUACAUUCUCUCUAGUUUUAUUUCCUCAUAUAAAUGCAAAAUGCCCGAUUGAUGAGAAACUUGGAGCAGAUCUCUAUGGUAUCUGCCAGUACGUCAUUACGGCGACCAGUGCAGAACGAAUAGCUCUACUACAGAAUUCGAGCAAUGCAUGGGAUGGAGAGAUUCCUGCGAGCGGUUGGGCUUGUGAAGCGGAAGGAUGUUCACUGACAGAAAAUCUUUGGCUGAAUUUGACGGAUGGUGCUAUAAGGUGUGGUCGCAGUCAAUUUGUUGCCGACGGUCAGAUCUGCAAAGGAAAUAAUCAUAUGAAACAGUAUUAUGACGCCACUGGUUUCCCGUUGGUAGUGAAGUUAGGUACGAUUUCAAGUGAAGGGACUGCCGAUGUUUUUAGUUAUGACGAAGACGAUGCUGUCAUUGAUCCUAACUUGGACAAGCAUUUAGCACAUUUUGGCAUUGAUAUGAGAAGUAUGAAAAAGACGGAGAAGAGUACACUAGAAUUAGAGUUAGAUAUGAAUCAGAAGUGGUUGAAAACCCCUAGGUGGGAGUGGGCGAAAUGCCAAGAAGAUGGUGCUAGUCUCGAAAGUAUUUUUGGACCUGGUUACACCGGGCUGAUCAACAUAGGGUCGAGCUGCUACAUGAAUUCAGUAUGGUACCAUCUAAUACGUUGUUUCUAUGCAUUUAGCUCUUCAGUUCACCUCGAUUUCAAUGCUCAGGUGGCUAAACUGUUUUCGGCUAUGGCGAGCGGCGAUUACUCGGUUGAGAAUGGCACUAUGAAUGGGAUCAAGCCGUCGCAGUUCAAACGCGUAGUUUCUGGUACUCACCCCGAAUUUUCUUCCAGCCGACAGCAAGAUGCGGAAGAAUACGUCAGGUUUUUACUGGAUAAAAUAUCAUCAAACACACCAGUAGGAGUUCAUGAUCCUACUUUAUCGUUAAGGUUUAAAAUAGAAAGUCGAUUUGAGGACAUUGCAUCAGCCAUGGUUAGAUACACGGAUCGGGAGGAGACUGUACUUGCUGUUCCUAUACCAAAGGACGCCAUUAGAACAACGGUAGAGGACAAUGCGCGAUCUUCUGUUGCUUUAACAGAUUGCCUUCGUGCUCUUUUCCAACCUGAUGUUAUCGAGGACUUCGUAAGUCCAAUCACUAAUGAGAAGAAAGGAGCUCGAACUACCAUUCGGUUUAAAACAUUUCCAAACUUCCUAUUCCUCCAAGCUCAGAGAUUCACUAUGUCGCCAGACUUCACGGUAAAGAAGCUCGAUGUUGAUCUGCAGGUUCCUGACGAGUUAGAUCUCUCUGGUUUACGUGGUAUUGGUAAGAAGGAGAAUGAGACACUUCUACCCGAUGAUGCCUCUGCAGUUUUAGUUCCUGCUUUGCCUGAGUAUGACAAGACCAUCGCGCAGCAGUUAGAAGCGAUGGGUUUCACUCGAAAUGCAUCCAUUAAAGCUGCGAUAGAAACAGGUAAAAAUGGGGGAGUUGAAGCUGCCGCCGAAUGGGUCAUGCUUCGCCUUGACGACCCUUCACUCAAUGAUCCUCCUGCUCCUAUUGCCUGGGCAGGUCGUUCUGUCCCUGCAGUACUUGAUCACAUGGAAGGACUAGACGAGCUGGUUGCCUUUGGUUUUACUCCUUAUCAAGCUCGUUAUGCUCUUAGUCGUAACACUGAUGCAAAUGCUGCCGCAGAAUGGCUUUUUGUUCAUGCUGAUGAGGUACCACCAGAAUGCGGCGCCGCGGUUCCGGGUGAGAACACAACUCCUCUAGCAGCAUCUCCAUCUCGUGAAUUUAGUGAUGGUGUUGGCAAGUAUCGCCUUGUGGCGUUUAUUAGCCACAUGGGAAGCAGUCCUCAUUCUGGACACUAUGUAGCACAUGUGAAAAAGGACGACAGAUGGAUUCUUUUCAAUGAUGAGAAAGUGGCCAUCUCACAAAAUCCACCUCGACAGCUAGCCUAUUUGUAUUUAUUCCAGAGAGCUUAA